AGGAAGCUUGGUUCCCUGUGUUGCAGCUAGGGGAAGCUCUCGCCCCUAGCAACCGGGCCUCGGCUUCCAGGAGAGACCCUGAGCUGCAGACCGUGGGUGAGGAUGUGGUUGCUUCCCUGCUGCUGUCUGUGACUCACCCCCGAGUUGCUUGCAGCUGUUUUCAUUUUGACGGAGGAGGAGAUGUUGCCCGUGCCAGGAAUGCAGUAGAAUUACCGCAGGAAGCAGAGAACGACCCGUGUACUGCAAUCCCUGAAUCAUAAAGUAAUGCUGCAAUAUCUGCUGAAUGUUUUCAACAUUUUCUUUUAACCAUUUAUAAGCUGAUGUUUUUGCACAUGAAAAUUUUCAGCGAUAAAGGUUUUUGCACAAAACCAGCCCUCUACUAAAGAUCAACUGAACUCGAAACCAUGGGGCUAUUUGACAAAUUAGCUGGCUGGCUUGGUCUAAAGAAGAAGGAGGUUCACGUGUUGUGUUUGGGACUGGACAAUAGUGGGAAAACAACAAUAAUUAAUUGCCUAAAACCUUCAAAUGCUCAAGUACAGGAUAUUGUUCCAACCAUUGGAUUCAGCAUUGAGAAUUUCAAGACCUCUGGCCUCUCCUUUACAGUGUUUGAUAUGUCUGGCCAGGGUAGAUAUCGAAACCUGUGGGAACACUAUUAUAAGGAAGGCCAGGCCAUCAUUUUUGUUAUUGAUAGCAGUGACAAAUUAAGGAUGGUGGUUGCCAAAGAAGAACUUGACACACUUCUUAAUCAUCCAGAUAUUAAACACAGACGAAUUCCAAUAUUAUUUUUUGCGAACAAGAUGGACCUCAGAGAUGCUUUGUCAUCUGUCAAGGUUUCUCAGAUGUUGUGUUUAGAAAAUAUCAAAGAUAAGGCAUGGCAUAUUUGUGCCAGUGAUGCAAUAAAAGGGGAAGGACUACAAGAAGGUGUUGACUGGCUUCAAGAUCAAAUCAAAGCAAUGAAGGUGUGAAGGCCACUGAAAAGAGAGGCAAAUUAAGGUGAUUUGACACUACUCAAGAGCUGAACAUUGCACCAAAUAUAUCUCAUCAUGUUUGGGACCAAACUUUUAAUUUAUCUUCAUUUAAAUUGUAUGUUUCAGAAAGCAAAAUAAUGUAUAUAGUCAAAGUAAUGUAGUAUUUUUGUAAUGCUAAGAUACAGUAAAUUUUACUUUGAAUUGUAUUAAGGAAUUAUUUGUUGUAAAGAUCUAGAAGAAGUACCCAAUGAGAAUUUGGUGUUUAAAGACUCAUCAAAUAUAUUACUUGUACAAAGAGUCUUGAAUUGAGGGCUCACUGCCAGCUUGCUCGAAACACGUAAAUAAGAUAGAGCAGUCUCGCACAUUCCCAAGCAUCAUAUUCCUAAAUAAUGUGAAAAAUAAAUUAAGACCCGUUUCAUAGCCACUCAGCACUUGUUAGGUCCUUGACAGCUUCACUAUAGACCACUAUUGAUUGAUCUAAACUUGGAAGAUGUUUUGCUUAGCAGCGAGCAGCAUACAGCCAUUUUCCAUUACAGCAAGCUGGCAGGAGAGGAAAACUAAUUUAUAGCUCUUUAUGUGGGUAACAUUCUCAUUUUUUUUUAAUAAAGAAACACCAAAUCAGGCUACUUGAAGUACAAGUUUUCCACCUAGACUUGGCACAUUCUUUUCAGACAUGUUUAGAAAGAUAUAUAAUUUCAAAACCUGCACCUUGUCAUCAAUUGCAUGGCCUGGAUUUUGUGGUUGUGUACAGGUGACAAAAUUGCAAUGUUCUCUGUUGUUACUUCUCCAAAAUUGACAGCAACUUUUGCCAGUCACACAUUUGCAGUUAAACUUUGAAAUCCAAAGGUUGCUCUGUGUUUCUCUGCUGUCCACAGGAAUGCACUGUUGAACUCCCCACUUAUGGAAAUCUGUGAGAAAUCACUGAAUUGAUGAAAACUUGAUUUUUUAUACUGUGAUAUUGAUGUAAAAACCCUGGAAAAGUUCAACCUUUUAAUGAGAUAUAA